CUCCAGUUAACUGGUGCAAGGCUAAUAACGCAGUGCACGUGUUUCUUACGAUAACAGCUCACCUACCAAAACAAAAUGAUGAAUCUCGAAGAAUUGGAGCUCCAGUAUUCUCCCAGUCGUUGGACCCAAAGAUUCGAGACAACCAGUAAAGCUGUCCCAGACCAUGUUCAGGUUCUUACAGAAGGGAGUGAGAGAGCAAGGCAGAAUCUGGAGCAUAGCAGCAUUGUAUAUGGAGAAUCAGAGGAACAGAAGGUGGAUGUUUUCUACCCAAGUGGCAAUAAACAAGGUCUCCCCAUCUUUGUGUAUAUACAUGGUGGCUAUUGGCAGGAUAUGAGCCUGUCUGUAUCCAGUUUUAUGGCAGAAACAUUUGUUGGUUCUGGUGCCAUUGUGGCCGUGGUUGGUUAUGAUCUUGCUCCAAAGGUGAAUAUGGGUCAGAUAAUCAACCAGGUGAAGAAAGCUCUAGGAUCAGUCAUGUAUUUGGCAAAGAAAAGAGAAUCCAGUGGAGUAUAUAUUUGUGGUCACAGUGCAGGUGCCCACUUGGCUGCAAUGAUGCUCAGUGUCGACUGGAUGGGGGAGUUUAUGGAGAGCCCUGGAUUCCUUAAAGGUGUGUUUCUUGUGUCUGGAAUUUUUGAUCUUCGCCCUCUUGUUGCCACAUACGUUAAUGAACCUCUUAAAAUGACAGAUGAAGAAGCAUGGACUCACAGUCCAAUGAAUCACCUGACAGACAUCACGUGCAGGAAGUGCAAGGUGGUGGUAUUGGUGGCAGAACACGACUCCCCUGAGUUCAGAAAGCAAGCCAAAGAGUAUCAUACAGCAUUACAAGAGGCUGGUAUGGCCACUCAGUUUGUAGAUGUCCCUGGCGUGGACCACUUUGAUGUGGUGGAGAAAUUAUCUGAACCUCAAUACCAACUCACACAGCUCUAUCUUGAGAUGAUGGGAAUUCAGUAGUUUUUCUAUAACAUGAACAGCUUGAGUGGUAGAGGUGCUGACCAGCAGAAGUUUUAGCCAAGCAGUACAACUUGUAUUAAAAUAAGGGUCCGUGAAGUAGUUGGAAUACUAACUGUGUGUGUAGUAUUUGACAUAAUUUCCUCUCUGUUAGUAAUAGAGACUAAUAAGCAUUAAAGUAAAAUAGAAAA